AACAAAACACAACAAACGAGACUUCCGUGUCUGUUUUAGAUUUCGCGGGUCUGAACGAAAAGCUCGUUGUAUAGAUGGGAAGACUUCAACCAAAGACACAUGCUGUGCAUUUGUAACACACUGGCUUUUCCAGUAUAUUAUCGCCGACGUUGAUUCAGAGUUUUUAACAGUUGUUAAUGGUUUAUAGCGCGGUUUGAGUUCUGCGUCAGACGCCAGCAUGGCACUGCUGUCCCUGGUUGAGCAAACUAUCAAGUCCUGCAAAGCUGAACAAACCAAGAUUAACGACAGUAUUCAAUUCUACAGAGACCUGCUGCAGACCCUAACGCCAAAGACGGGCUUUGAUGAGACCCAGUGUGCCAAUGAUGCAGCUACAGCCACAGACACCUCACCAGGGGAAAAAGAAGAUAUAGAAUUGCUUGAACGAGCCCUGGAAAAAGCCCUUCGCGUCCGCAGCGGCACAGGACAUUCUAAAAAAGACCCCAGCAAACAAUCUCCACCUCUAAAGGAACCUUGCCCUGCCGCUGUUGCGUGCACAGAGGGAACGCCGGCCUCUGCAGCUCCCAAAGUAAAUCGCCCCGCGUCCAGAUCGACCUCUAAAUCGGCUAACCCGAAGGAGCCCAAAAAGCCGGGCACGUCGGUACCCUCCACACUGAGCUCCAAACUCUCUGCUGGACACUAUCCCGGCCGGCGCAAAACCACAAGUAAAAGUCCUUUUUCUGCAGCUGGGUUAGCGCAUCGCCAGGCAGCAAGGAAACCCCAGCAGGCGGCGUCGGGCUCUGGCUCCGUCCACGCGGGUCACUUACACACAUCUACCCUCCACUCUAAGAAGAAGACCAUUCGAAGCGACUUGUCGAGUGGACACGACCUGAGCGGAGCCGCGGCGGCCUCGGAUCCCUCCAAUAACCCGGUGGCCGUUUCGCUGGCUGAGGAGCUCGGAGGAGCUCGCCGCUUACUCGACCCGAGUGGGAAAGCUGCUGAACCGAUAGCGAAAUGGAAAUCUCUAAGGAGCAAGCAAAACAGGUUGUGGGACAAAGUUGUUGCCCUACAGAGGAAGCCCGUGCCUGGGAGGAGUCACUUCAUGGAGAGAAUGAGAGCUACGUUCCCCAGGGAUCCUCCGUGCGGCGUCCCAGAUCAGGCCGGGCUUCUGGCUCGCCGAGGGCCUGGCGUCGACCGCCACUGCCAGACCACGGAGCUUCUGGCCAGACGGACGCAGGGAGCAACCACGGAGCUGGCGUGGCAGGCAUGGGAUCGAUGGAGAACAGAGGGAGGUCGUCUUUGCCCCGCUGGGGCAAAUGGAGCGGGGGAGGACGGGAUGAUUGCCCCCCUGCCGCCGACUUUAACCUACGCGACGGAGGCAGAGCUCGUAGAGCUGGAGACGCUGCGGACGAGGGUGUCCCUGCUGCGGCAGGAGAUUUACCUCGAGCAGGCUGUAUUGGACACCCUGUCCCCCCUACUCCCCUCCAUAGUCCCCGGGCCUGGAUGUCCCGACCUCAGUGCCCUGAGGGACCUGUACUCCCUGCUAGGGGAAGGAGGGGAGCGCUUCCCCGCUUUAGUGCUGGACUCUGAGCCCUGACUGACCACGUGACACCGGCCUCAACUUGGUCUUCCUCCUCUUCAGACACAUACGAUGAACACAGUAUUACCUCUCGCUGUAAUGCGAUCCGGGGUGACACCAGUUGACGCAUUCCCUUCUGACACUGUCAAUAAAUCUACAACGUAAAACUCACAAAAGGAAUCGCAGGACGGAGUGUGUGAUGCUGAGCAGGUGGGCCUAAUGAAGUGUGACGCUUGACCAUGAAUCAGGAUUCAAGGUGUAGAACUUCAUUUAUUCAGUGUCUGAGCCCAGGCACUUACAUGUGGGAUUGUGGUUGUUUAUUAUUUGUUAUGUGCUGUUGUUGCAAUUUUACAUUUUUUGCCACAUUAUUUAAACAAUAGACAGACUGGAUAUUUUGUAUUUCCACUUGAUAUUCUUAUAUAACUUUCAAUUUGAACUGGUUAGGUUUAAUUUAUUAGUGUCUAUUUUGACUCCGGUAUUAUUGUAAAAUUAAACAAUUCAAUACCUAGGGUAA